CUUCUUUAAUAAAAAUGGGAUUGCUAAUUUGAAACUCACCUUGAUUCAACAAUCGAUAGGUGUGUGGGAGCACAGGCAUAAAAGGACUAAGCUUGUGAUGCUCUGCUAGCAACUCCUAGAGAUACUUGUCAAUGAAAAAAAAAAAAAGAAGAUAUAUUCUUAAAAUGGGGUUCGUUGAUGGAACUCUUAAGAAGCCAAGUGCAGAUUGUCCAAAGUUUCUAGCUUGGACAAAGUGUAACUCCAUGGUAUUGUCAUGGAUAUUGAAUGCUUUCUCAAGGGAAUUGCAUGACAGUGUGGCUUAUGUUGAGGGUGUAGCAGAGGUCUGGGAAGAUUUGAAGGAACGUUUCUCACAAGGAAACACAUCCUGGAUAUAUGAAUUGAAGCUCGAGCUCGCAACAACCACUCAACAAACAAGAUCUGUAGCAGCUUAUUUCUCAAAAUUGAAACCUAUUUGGGAUGAGUUGCAGGCUCAUGAACCUGUGCCAACAUGUACUUGUGGCUGCACUUGUGGUGCAACAAAGGAGUUUACAAGGGCACGAGAGACUAAGAAGGUUCAUCAAUUUCUCAUGGGCUUGAAUGAGAAUUUUUCUACCAUGCGCUCACAGAUCUUGAACAUGGAACCAUUACCAUCUCUCAACAAGGUUUACUCAAUGACCACAAAAGAAGAAAAACAGCAAAUGGUGUCUGCAUCUAGAAGUCCAACUAUAGAGGCAACAGCUUUAGCAGCAAAGACAAGUUAUAACGAAAAGGUGAGCACAUCAGGGAAACCACACUGUGAUAAUUGCAAAAGGAUAGGCCACACAAAGGAAAGAUGCUAUGAAAUAAUAGGCUAUCCAGUGAGUUGGAAACCAGGACAAAUGAAGAUGAGGGGUAAGGGGGAGCAGCAAAAACAUCAGAACACAGAUAAGGAUGUGAUUUUGGUAGCAAAUGCAUCACUUGAGCCACAAUUGACUGGAGGUCAAUUAGAUCAAUCACCAAUUACAGGACCUACAAAGGCGCAGUAUGAUCAACUCCUCACGCUUCUUGGUGGACUUAGCCUCGAGGAGGUUGAUUGGAAUGGCAUAGAAACUCAUGAUACAAUUCCCUUAGAUGACAAUGAGGUUGAUCCCGUUGAAAACACUAUCACUAAUUGGGAAAUCAAUCCAACUACUGAUCCUGCAGCUCCAGUCCAACGGCCACAACAAGAGAGACGUGCUCCUCAGCAUCUUGAUGACUAUACCUAUCUUGCAGCCAUAUCUUCUAUAGAUGAGCCUAAAACAUUUUCUCAAGCCAUUAAACAUGAAAAAUGGCGAGAAGCAAUGAGGAAUGACAUCACUGCACUUGAGAAGAAUGGUACUUGGACAAUUGAGCUAUUGCCUCCAGGGAAAUGUGCAAUUGAUUCGAAGUGGAUACAUAAGGUUAAAUUCAAACUGGAUGGGAUAGUUGAACGGUAUAAAGCCAAGUUGGUGGCUAAAGGCUUCACACAAAUUGAAGGACUGGACUUCCAUGAGACCUUUGCUCCUGUUGCAAAGAUGGCCUCAAGAAACUGGUUUGAAAAGUUCACAAAUUCUCUUUUGGCAACUGGGUUUUGUCAAUCAAAAGUAGAUUACUCUUUAUUCACCUCUACUACUGAUAAUAAGUUUGUUGCAGUUUUGAUCUAUGUAGAUGACAUAGUGAUUACAAGCAAUGAUGCUGAGAAACUUGCAGCUCUUAAGGCUUAUCUAUACAAAGAGUUUUCCAUAAAGGAUUUAGGCCCUUUGAAGUACUUCCUUGGUGUUGAGGUCGCUCGAACUGCUGAAGGCAUCAUUUUAAGUCAGCAAAAAUAUGCUCUUGAUAUCCUUAUAGAGGCAGGAUUGCUUGGAGCAAAACCCAGCCACUUUCCCUUGGACCAGCAUCAUCGACUUAAAUUGGCUUCUGGGCCUUUAGCAUCUGAUUCUUCACAGUAUAUGAGAUUGGUUGGGAGACUGCUUUAUUUAACAAUCACGCGACCAGAUAUUUGUUAUUCUGUGAGUAUUUUGGCUCAAUUCAUGCAAAAUCCCAAGCAAGAACAUUUUGAGGCAGCCAUGAAGCUGGUGGCAUAUUGCGAUGCUGAUUGGGCAGGUUGCCCUCAUACACGUCGCUCAACCACAGGGUACUAUAUUUGCCUUGGGGGCUCUCCAGUCUCUUGGAAGUCAAAAAAGCAGUCGACAGUUUCACGCUUCUCUGUUGAAGCAGAGUACAGGGCUAUGGCUUCCACAGUAAGUGAGCUUACUUGGUUGAAAUCUCUACUUUUCAAUCUUGGCAUAAACCAUUCAAGACUAAUGACUCUCUUCUAUGACAAUCAAGUUGCCCUACACAUUGCAAACAAUCUUGUAUUCCAUGAACGAACUAAACACAUUGAAAUAGAUUGUCAUUUUGUUCGAGAGCAUAUUCAGAAGAAGGAAUUGAUCACAGCUCAUGUAUCCUCUUGUCAUCAACUGGCGAACCUUUUCACAAAAGCUUUGGGUCGUGAGCGCCUUGCUUUUCUGCUAUCCAAGUUUGGCAUUCGAGAUCUUCAUGCACCAACUUGAGGGGGAGUAUUGGAGAGUAUCACGGAGUAGAAUGAGGAAAUCAAUCUCUGCACUAUCAUUGCAGAGUUAUUACAGUAUGUAUAUACAUUUUUCCCUUGUACAGUAGCGUCUUUCUAGGCUUCAUUAUUGGUGCCAGUUUGUAUAUAUGAUUAGCAUCCAUAGUAAUAAAAUCCAAUGCAAUUA